AUGAAUCAUCAACAUAAAGUAUUAUUAUUAUAUAAAAAAAUUUUAAAAGAAUCCUCACAAUUUUUUGAUGAACAAGCAAAUCCUGAACCUAAACCAUUUAUUUCAUCAGUUCCACGUACAGCACCCCCACGUAUCUCACCACCAUUAGAAGCUUUAUUAAAUUCACAAGUUAAAUCUUUAUAUCCACCUUUACCACAACCAAAACAUAAACCAUUGCAUCCACGUAGAAAAGCAAAUAUUUUAUGGUGGCAUCAUUCUAGAAUUAUGAAGAAUGUUUCACCACCAGUUAGUCAAGAUGUUUUAAAUGAACUAGAAUUAAAAGCUGGAAAAAACAAAUUAACACAAUAUGGUUUAUCUAAAGUAAACAAAGAUGCAAUAUUAAAAUCAACAGAAAAAGAUGAUCAAUUAAAAUUACCUCCAAGUUUUGAAUUUAUCAGAGAAAGAUCACCAUCAAAAAGAUUUAAAGAUCCACCAUACCAUACAGCUAAACCACACAGACCCAGACCAAGAUUUAUAAGAAGAAUUUAUCAAAGACUUUUAAGCAAUAUACCCAUUUUAACUUUGAAGGAAUCUGCAGAACCAAAUUCAGAUGAUGACCAAAAGGAAAAUUAUGGUUCAUCUCUUAAAGCAAAAGAUUUUAUUGUCACAAAAUCGGUUUGGGCUAAUGGGAGACCAAAACCUUUAAUAAAUGAUAAAGAUUGGCAAGGAUUAGAUCCAGAAGAAAUUACAAAAAAUUUAAAAGGAAAAAGGAAGAAUUGA